UUCUUAGCUACUGGUUGUGUGAUAGGCCUUUCUGGGCCACGUUUAAACACUGCCAGCUUCCUUCCCUUGGUUUCCUAGAUUUGAGCCAGGAGAUAGUAAUCUUUGUUUUUGAAGGAAUGUCUGAAACUAUACUCGGUUUCUGCAUGUUUCUAUAUAAUUUAUUUUUCUUCUACAGGUGAUCAAAGAUUUUUUCAAUGAAACCUACUUUGAUAGGUAUGAUGAAGUCAUGUCAGACUCACUGCUUACAAUGCUCUGGGCAAUGACUGAGGCCCUUUUUUGUGUUGGGGGCAUGAUGGGAGGAGUUUCUGCUUAUGGUUUGUAUUUUGCUCCAAUGAAAGGUUUAAACUCUGCUGUUGCACCAUUGUAUCUUAUCGAAAUAGCACCAAUUUCCCUGCGAGGUUUUUGUGGAACUUGCAACCAGUUGUCAAUCACAUUUGGAGUUCUCAUCGGAGGAAUUCUGGGAAUGAAACUUGUACUGGGCACUGAAACCCUUUGGCCAAUACUAGUCGCUAGUCCAACUAUUCCUGCAAUAUACAGUCUUGUGACCUUGACCUUUUGCCCAGAGUCUCCAAAAUAUCUGCUGGUAAUAAAAGAUGAUGAUGCGGCUGAAGCAGCUCUGAUUUGGUUAAGAAAAACAAGCGAUGUGUCUGAAGAGAUGGAGGCCAUGAAGAAAGAACGACAGGACCUCAGGAACUCACCAAAGGUCACUAAGGUCAGAAGUGUACACACACUUGUAUGUCUGUCGGCAAUAUAUCAAGUGCACAAAGGCCAGCAACUCCUUGUGUAUCUCAUAUUAAAACUUAUUUUGUUUAUCUUUCAACAUUUACAUCAUCUGUCCUAUACAUCACAAGGUCUGAAAUGGGUACUUUACUUUUUAAUUUUUUUAGGGUUUACUAGAGUUGACAAAACUACCCAGAGAUAUCAAAUUGAAAUAUUUAGUGUGCUUGAUUUGAUGAGGACCAGUGGUUUGCGAUGGCCACUAAUUAUAUGCACAGUACUACACAUGUCUCAACAGUUUUCUGGCAGCAAUGCUGUGGUCUACUACUGUACAAGUAUUUUUAUCUCAGCUGGUCUGAGCAAGGAGACUUCUUAGUAUGCUACGGUAGCCACAGGUGUUGUAAUAGUCAUGAUGACCUUCAUAUCUUCCCUGAUCAUGGACCGGGCAGGCAGAGGAACUCUGCACAUGGUUGGCCUCGUGGGCAUGUGUAUCUCCUCAGUAGUACUAGUUGUUUGCCUUUCACUGCAGAAAACAUUGCCCUGGCUAUCAUACAUAAGCAUUGUGGCUGUCAUCAUCUACACCUGUCUCUUUGCUACUGGACCAGGACCAAUACCUUGGUUCAUGGUGACUGAGAUGUUUGCGCAGGGUCCUAGGUCAGCCCCUGUCAGUGUUUCCAUGGUGACUGAGAUGUUUGCGCAGGGGCCUAGGUCAGCCGCAGUCAGUGUUUCCAUGGUGACUGAGAUGUUUGAGCAGGGUCCUAGGUCAGCCGCUGUCAGUGUUUCCAUGGUGACUGAGAUGUUUGCGCAGGGUCCUUGGUCAGCCGCUGUCAGUGUUUCCAUGGUGACUGAGAUGUUUGCGCAGGGUCCUAGGUCAGCCGCUGUCAGUGUUUCCAUGGUGACUGAGAUGUUUGCGCAGGGUCCUAGGUCAGCCGCUGUCAGUGUUUCCAUGGUGACUGAGAUGUUUGCGCAGGGUCCUAGGUCAGCCGCUGUCAAUGUUUCCAUGGUGACUGAGAUGUUUGCGCAGGGUCCUAGGUCAGCCGCUGUCAGUGUUUCCAUGGUGACUGAGAUGUUUGCGCAGGGUCCUAGGUCAGCCACUGUCAGUGUUUCCAUGGUGACUGAGAUGUUUGUGCAGGGUCCUAGGUCAGCCGCUGUCAGUGUUUCCGUGGUAAUCAACUGGCUGUGCAACUUUGCUGUUGGCUUAGUAUUUCCUAUUUUACAGAAGUCACUAGAAACAUAUUCCUUCCUGCCUUUCUCCGUCAUGCUGUUGUUGUUCUUCAUCUUCACCUAUAUGUUUGUCCCAGAGACCAAAGGCAAAAGUAUUUCUGAGAUUACCCAGCUGUUUAAAUCUCCCCUAUGGAUAAAUCAGAAUCCAGAAAUUUCUACAAAAGCUCAAAGAACAGAUACAGCACCCAAGUCUUGAUAAUUGAUCCACCUCUCUCAGAAACAGGGACGGAAUAUUAUAUCGAGUCCAGCUACAUCCAUCAUUUAUGUGGCUGAACAAUUUUGGCUGCUGUUUUAUUUUUUGAAAUGUUAGUCUUUUGAAUUAGUUUCAUGUUGUUGAAUAAAUUUGUUAUUUAUAACAUUUUAUGAUAAUAUAUACAUGGCUUUCAUUAUUAUAUCAA